GUGUGUAGUGGAUUCACCACUUACAUUAUUAGUGUGGCUCCGACACGAGUAGCCGAUGAGCUGAAUGCUUCGUGGAUUUUAUUACCUAUUGCAUAUAUAUCCUCCUUAUCAUGGUCAAUUGCUACAAGUUUUUUUAGCUAGGUCACUUGGUUCGAUAGCCCCAUGGUCAAAAGUUGAUACUUCCCUGAGAUAGAGGCUUCUCUCCGCGGUAUAAGCACUUCAACUUUAGGUCAAACAUAACCUCUGACUUACGGUAAUAACCGAGAAAUCCAAUUACAGAAAUCCAUUUAUCCAUGUGAGGGAUGUCAGUUUUUAGGAUUCUGAGAUCACUGCGAUACGCGAGUAUCCAUCGCGAUGCUACGGCAUAUCACGGUCGUUUUCAAACUGAGAUGUGUUUAGCAAAAUUUCGUCGGAAAGAAAUUAGGAAUUAUGCAUCUAUUCCUAGUCAGACAAGUAGCCAGGUAAGCAUGUGGCAUUCGUUUGUCAAACGACGGAAAUGGAUUAUCCCGGCUGGAGUUGGAAUAUCGUUGCUAGCAGUUCUGCAAUGGAAAAUAUUUUCAAGGCAUUCUCAUUCUGAAAAAGAUCGCGGUACGCCUGGACCAAUCAAUGGAAUUGUGGUAAAAUGUUACUGUUGCCUACCAUUGAGGAUAACGAGUAGAUUGUGGGGUUGGCUUGCUAGCAUAGAAGUACCGCAAAUUUUCAGGCCAACUUUCUACGGCUUGUAUGCAAAGGUGUUCCGUGCCAAUCUUGAAGAAAUCGAUUUGGAUCUCACCUCGUUUCCUAAUCUAGUCGAGUUUUUUAUCAGACCUCUUAAAGAUGGUGUACGACCUAUCGCUCAAAAUGUUGAUAUAGUUUCACCCGCAGACGGCAAGGUACUGCAUUAUGGACCUGUGACUUCUUGCCGAGUGGAACAAGUCAAGGGAGUGACUUAUAGCCUUGAUCAUUUUCUUGGAGAACCAAACUGGCCACGAACCAACGUCAGCCUAGAAAAUGUUGAAGAUAAAGACUGCGAAUACCUCAAGUCGCUACUGAAAAAUCCCAAGAAUCACCUCUACCAGUUGAUUAUAUACCUGGCGCCUGGAGAUUACCAUCGAUUUCAUAGUCCGACCGAUUGGCAAAUACGAUUCCGCAGACAUUUCCAAGGCAAAUUAUUGAGUGUCAAUCCAUUGAUUGCUGGUUGGCUGCCAGAUCUUUUUACCCUAAAUGAACGUGUUGUAUAUAUCGGCGAAUGGGCUGGUGGCUUUAUGUCCUAUGCAGCAGUUGGAGCUACGAACGUUGGCUCCAUAAAAGUUUACUGUGAUCGAGCUUUAGCUACAAAUACAAAAAAAUGGCCAAAGGAAAAGCAAUAUGACGAUGCCAGUCUGGGCCGUACCAACAUCUCCAAGGGUCAGAUGUUCGGAGAAUUCAGAAUGGGAUCUACGAUAGUAUUAUUAUUUGAAGCUCCGCCAGAUUUUCAUUUUUCAUUACAGAGCGGACAGACCAUAAAAGUAGGUCAGCCAUUAAGUAAGAAUAAUCAAACGCUUGAUAAACAACUGCAUUCUUCUGCGUAACGAAAUGAAAUAUUACAUAAUUAUGCACGUAGGACACUUCAAUUCAUAAAAUUCAGGUCGAGUUCAGCAUUGAUUUUUGUCCAUAUUUGCAAUGUUCAAGAGUUGACGCUUCUAAAGAAAUUUUAUCAUGAUCUAUGUAAUUAGUAAUUAAUUUUCACACUGUGCUGUAAUAUUUCAGUGUAAUUGUAUAUGUGAUAAUAUGAUAAUGAUAGUUUGUACAUUUCUCAUGUAAAAAUAAAAA